CCCAGCCGCGGGUCCCGUGGUGGCUCCGAUGGCCGCGGCGAGGGCGGUGACCGAUCCUCCGAGGAGCCUGAUGACCUUUGAGGAUGUGGCCGUGUAUUUCUCCUGGGAAGAGUGGCUGCUCCUGGACGCCACGCAGAAGGCCUUGUACCGCCAUGUGAUGCUGGAGAACUUUGCCCUUGUGACGUCACUGGGUCUGUCUGCCUCCCGACCUCGUGUGGUUGUCCUGAUCCAGCGUGGGGAGGAACCCUGGGUUCUUAGUGAGAUGGAUACAGGUCUGGCUGGCAGCACCGAUGAGAGGCACAUCCUCGGUGCCCGUUCUCUGGUGGAGGACAAGCCUUCUGGACUAGCAGGCCUUCCUCCAGACAGCAUCGGGGGGACUCAGGGGAACGGCUCCGCUGCCAGGGCCUCCCCACCCCCUGGGAGACGGCCUGCUGGGGUGUCGGUCAUCUACUGGGAGCGGCUGCUGCCGGGCGCAGGCCACGAGGAGGGCGUGGGUCUACGGCUGACCUCCCCGCAGAAGCCCCCCGAGGGUGGCCCAACCAGGCCCAAGGUCCUGGCGGGUGGUCGCGCGCGGGGCCGGCGACCUCGGAGGACCCGGCGGCCCAGGCUGGGUGGCCUGGGCUCCGAGGGCGCCUUCCAGCCCGUCCCAGUCCCGGUUCCUGCCCUCGGGGACAUGUGUGCAGGUGCAGCCUGGGCCGAGGCCCCGGGCUGGGCGGCACUGGGCGAGGCGCUGCGGGUUGGGCCGGGGCUCCUGGCCACCGGGGAGGAGGCGCUGCGGGCCGGGCCCGGGCUCCUGGCCACCGGGGAGGAGGCGCUGCGGGCCGGGCCCGGGCUCCUGGCCACCGGGGAGGAGACGCUGCGGGCCGGGCCCGGGCUCCUGGCCACCGGGGAGGAGAUGCUGCGGGCUGGGCCUGGGCUCCUUGCCGCGGGGGAGAAGCCUUUCGAGUGCCGUGCGUGCAGCAAGGUGUUUGUCAAGAGCUCGGACCUGCUCAAGCACCUGCGCACGCACACCGGUGAGCGGCCGUAUGCAUGCGCGCAGUGCGGCAAGGCCUUCAGCCAGACCUCUCACCUGACGCAGCACCAGCGCAUCCACAGCGGAGAGACACCGUAUGCAUGCGCGGCCUGCGGCAAGGCCUUCCGCCACAGCUCGUCGCUGGUGCGGCACCAGCGCAUCCACACAGCCGAGAAGGCCUUCCGCUGUGGAGACUGCGGCAAGGCCUUCAGCCAUGGCUCCAACCUCAGCCAGCACCGCAAGAUCCACGCGGGCGGCCGGCCCUACGCCUGCGCGCGCUGUGGCCGCCGCUUCUGCCGCAACUCGCACCUGAUCCAGCACGAGCGCACACACACGGGCGAGAAGCCGUACGCAUGCGCGCUCUGCGGCGCCGCCUUCAGCCAGGGCUCCUCACUCUUCAAGCACCAACGUGUGCACACCGGCGAGAAGCCCUUCGCCUGCGCACAGUGCGGCCGCGCCUUCAGCCACAGCUCCAACCUCACGCAGCACCAGCUGCUGCACUCGGGCGAGCGGCCCUUCCGCUGUGCUGACUGCGGCAAGGCCUUCGCCAAGGGCGCUGUGCUGCUCAGCCACCAGCGCAUCCACACCGGCGAGAAGCCCUUUGCCUGCGCGCAGUGCGGCCGCGCCUUCCGCGAGCGCCCCGCCCUCUUCCAUCACCAGCGCAUCCACAGCGGGGAGAAGCCCGCGCGCCGGCCCCGGCCCGGGCCUCCAGGAGCUGCGGCCAAGGCCCCGGCUAGCACGGGUCCGGCUGCUGGCGGGAAGGCGGCCCCCCAGCCCGCCGAGGCCUGA